AUGUCGGUGGGUGCUAGAACAGCCACCCCAUACCAACUCCGCGAUAUGUUUGUCACAUUCUUAAACAAUUGCUUCGUUGCAAGCCCUAAAGGACUAUGGGAACACUCAUGGAAAUCAAUGAGCGAGGACAUACUUCACAAGAGACAAAGGAUCUUAGGUCACACAAAUCUUGAACUGGAUGAUGAGACCCUUCAACAAUACACGUUAAUUGAAGUGGAAAAAUUGAUGUGCAUGCAUGACCGCUCAUUAAAUGAUAUUAAAGAGAUGCCAAAGAUCAAACAUGUUUUGCUAAAAGAAUUGGGGAACAGUUUGUGGAACCAAGAAAUGGAUUACGAUGUUGCCGAGGAAACACUGAGGCAUGACAGGCAGAACAACUUACUUAAUGCCGAGCAGCGUGCGAUUUACGAAUCAGUCUUAGAUUCUGUUGAUAAAAAAGAUGGAAAAUUAUUCUUUGUAUAUGGCGCAUGGGGCACAGGAAAAAAAUUCCUAUAUCAGACCAUAAUAUCCAGACUUCGCUCGAGAAAACAAAUCGUUCUCCCGGUUGCUUCUUCAGGAAUAACCGCAUUGCUACUACCAAACGGAAGAACAGCUCACUCGUGCUUUAAUAUUCCUUUGAAGCUCGACGAAGACAAGCUCUGCAACAUCAAACUAGUCAAUCACGACGAGAAAGAGUUCUCUGAGUGGCUUCUCAAGAUCGGGGAAGGUCGUCCAGGAUCAGUACAAGAAGAUGAGGAUGAUGGCUACCAUGAACAAAUGCAAGUUGUCGAUGCUGCAUAUGGUGAUGUCAACAAAAUAAAAGCCUUCCAAAUUUCCUACACUGAUAAAGCUAUACUCAUACCCCGAAAUGACACAGUCGAUGAAAUCAAUGCAUAUACAAUCUCCAAAACCGACGGGGAGUCAAGAGACUACUACAGCUACGAUAAUUUCGAGGUUUCGAAAACUCAGUCUGAUCAAAACGAUACGUUAUACGCGAUUGAGUAUCUCAAUUCCAUGGAAUUUCCAGGAUUGCCUUCUCAUAAACUCACUCUCAAAGUUGGGGCCCCCAUUAUGUUUCUGCGAAACAUAAAUCAACAAAAGGGAUUAUGUAAUGGUACCUGUUUGAUCCUAACCUACAUAGGCGAAAAAGUUCUUAAGGCAGACAUAAUCACUGGCUCACACAUUGGAGACGAAGUUUUAAUCCCAAGACUUGUUCUCUUACAUGAUGAGACAAAGCUGUCGUUCACUUUACGUCGACGACAUUUCUCUAUCAGAUUGUGUUAUGCAAUGACAAUCAACAAAAGCCAGGAACAAAGCUUAAAAGCGGUUAUCCUAUAUCUACCUAGACCGGUCUUCACACAUGGUCAACUCUAUGUGGCCCUCUCACGUGUAACAAGCAAAGCAGGACUAAAAAUCAUCAAAGGCGAAGACUCACACAAACAAAAAGUGAAGAACAUAGUUUACAAAGAAAUCUUCAACCGCCUUCGUUCACAUGAGAGUAAGUAA